GAUCUUAGCGAUCCGUGGAAUAAGCUUUCUGAACGAGGUAGUUCACCCCAUAAUGCUGUGCAACGUAAGGCAGCAGGAGUCUUAGUAGGUUGAUAUACAGGUGGCUGGCAGUCAUUACAGUGUCUGAAUAAAUACUAGGGAUGAAAUUAAAUAAAUAUGUAUCAUCAUCAAGGAGGAAGAAUCGUAAGAGGCAUCUUACGGCCCCAUCCCAUAUCAGGAGACGGUUUAUGUCCGCUCCCCUGUCGAAGGAACUAAGGCAAAAGUACUCUGUUCGUACAAUGCCAAUUCGCAAAGAUGAUGAAGUUCAGGUUGUAAGAGGUCAUUACAAGGGUCAGCAAGUUGGGAAAGUUGUACAGGUGUACAGAAAGAAAUUUGUUAUAUAUAUUGAAAGGAUUCAGCGAGAGAAGGCUAAUGGUGCCAGUGUUUAUGUUGGAAUACACCCUUCCAAGGCUGUAAUUGUGAAGUUGAAGAUGGACAAGGACAGGAAGAAGAUUAUUGACAGAAGAUCAAAGGGUAGAUUAGCAGCAUUGGGUAAGGAGAAGGGAAAGUACACUGAAGAAAGUGCUGCAGCAACAGCAAUGGAAACAUCAUAGGCAAUGGCACUCACUUUUGUAAUAUCUGCUGCUUAAUAAAUUUAAAAUAUUUAAAUAUGA